AUGUCUGUCAAAUUUCUCGGAGACAACACUACCACUGUCCAACUUGGUCCAGCCGUGAAGGACAUCAAGUUCGUAUACGAGUCUGGUGACUCUGUUAUCGCAGAAGGGUCAAAGGCCAACCUACACGGUGACGCAGAUGAGGCCUAUGUCACCUACAACAACGGCACUAUCAAGCGCUUCCAGGUCACAACCGGCUAUGUCUUCAAAAAGAGUGCUUCUGCCACGGUCCAAUUCUCGAUUGCGCAGACCACCAUUUCCGUUAUCAGCGAAGCUGGUCUCGGAGCCGAGCUCAAGCUUGUUGUUUAG